CGGAUUCUGAUCUUACUCGGACACACCUUUCCGUCAGUGCUGGAUUCAGGAAGCUUCACACCAAAAGGAGAGUAAACAAUGUGGAAAGCGGUCGUGUUUGUGUUCCUGCUCCUAAACAUGGGCAUACAUGUGGACGGUGCUGCAGAUAAGAAGCUGGAAACUGUGGCAAAAACAUCCAAACCAGAGCAAAAAGGAGAGAGUGAAGCUGUAACUCCUAGCCCUGUAAGCAGCCUUGCUCCUGCAGCUUUCAAGGGCAAACUGCUGGUGAUACCCAUGGAUGGGAGUCACUGGGUGGGUAUGAAGGCUCUAGCACAAGAAAUGGGCCGCCGUGGACACCAGGUCACUGUUGUGAUCCCAGAAGUCACCAUGCGGAUGGGUCCAGGAAAACACUACGAUACCAUCACCUUCCCUGUCCCGUAUGACAAGACUGUCGUCGAUCAGAUGAUGGCCUCAAACAAAGCAAUGAUGGACAACUCUGAUGGAUCAUUUAUAGAGAGGAUGAAAAACAAAUUCUCACAUAUACAGAAAAUCAGAGAUUUUAUCCACCUGACUUCAGAACUCCUGCUAUUCAAUGAUACUCUCAUAUUACACCUGGCACAACAGGGUUUUGAUGCCGUCCUCACAGACCCCAUGAUACCUGUAGGAGCUCUAAUAGCUCGAAAACUGGGUCUGCCCAUUAUCAACGUGCUGAGAGCGAUUCCAUGUUCCCUGGAUUGGCAGGCUUCAGGCUGUCCUGCCCCACCUUCUUAUGUGCCCCGCUUCUUCACCGGAAACACGGAUAAAAUGAACUUCAUGGAGAGGACCAUCAACACUGUGGUGGCUUCACUGGAGCCGCUGAUGUGCAAAUUAUUCUACUGGCAGUUUGACAACAUGGCCUAUCGCUUCCUGGGAGAGGAGGUGGGCGUGGCUGAGGUGCUUUCUGAUUCUGCUAUCUGGCUGUUCAGGUUUGACUUCACACUGGAGCUGCCGCGCCCUCUCAUGCCAAAUAUGGUUCUUAUAGGUGGAAUCAACUGCAACGUGAGAAAUCCUCUUCCUAAAGAUUUGGAGUCGUGGGUGUCAGGAGAGCACGGCUUCAUAGUGUUCACUCUGGGCAGCAUGAUGUCAGACAUGCCAGAAGAGACAACGCUCAUUUUUCUAGAAGCUUUCAGACGGAUCCCACAGAAGGUGAUAUGGAGGUACGAGGGUAAGAUUCCAGACAACGUCCCAGAAAAUGUGAAAAUGAUGUCCUGGGUGCCUCAGAAUGACCUACUGGCUCAACCUGGAGUUCGAGCUUUCAUCACUCACGGCGGCUCACACGGUCUCUUCGAGGGUCUGUGUCAUGCUGUUCCCAUGGUGAUGGUGCCGAUUGCAGGGGACCAGCCUGACAAUACAAAGAGGUUUGCAAGCAAAGGAGUUGGAGUCGUGUUGGAUAUCUAUACGGUCACUCCAGACAGCCUUGUACAGGCGCUGAAUGAGGUCAUCAAUGACAGCAGGUAUAAAGAGAACCUACAAGUUCUCUCAGCUCUCCAUAAAGACCGACCGAUGGACCCCGUCGACCUCUCUGUGUUCUGGACUGAGUUUGUGAUGCGUCACAAAGGAGCCAAACACCUCAGAGCUGCUGUCCACGACCUCUACUGGUUCCAGUACUUCUGUCUGGAUGUGAUAGCGUUUCUAGCCACUGUUGUGUUUGUUUUUGUGAUGUUGACUGUAAAAUGCUUUAAAAUGUGCUUCCGUAAACUGCGCAGGAAGAGGAAGCAGGAGUAA